AUGAAUGGCGAGGCCGCUUCCGCGAACCAGCGGUUGGCCCGGAAUGACGCUCUACAAGGCGCGACGCUUGCAUUCCAACAUUCCAGGGAUCCCUCACCCAAUGUGAAGGUUAGACCUUCUGCUACCGCUUCUGCGAUGGCAAAUCAACAUCCACUGAGUCGUGAAAUGACUGGAUCCGACGCCCCUGAAGUGGGCUCCGUAAAGGAUAAGAUCGGGAGAUGGGCCCGGCCGCCUUCACCUCCAGCCAGUACAAGUACAUUAUUAAGUGCGAGGGGUCGACCUUCAGCCGCCCCUCUCUCUUCGGCCUCUCAAAUUGCGGCCCGGCUCGCUGCAUCAAGGUCCCCUGGGCGGGACACCAGUGCUGCGUCGUCAACCGGCAGACUUGGCACAGGUGCAGUACGAACUGCGAGCCGGGUGCCACCCACACCAGAGAAACGAGAGCUACCACCACCAACCCCUGUUCGCUUGAUCCAAGGGAUACAUAGUCCCAUGCUGCACGAAAGAGCCUUAAGGUCUGAUUCGGAUCUGUCUAUCUACAGGGGCUCCCCAUCCCAACUAUCCAGGACAACUCUAGAUUAUCAGGAUAGUGAAGAAUCGAGCCCCCAUCUGUCCUCGGAGUCUCUGGAUUCUUCUGCGCCGUCAGAUGAGGUGAAACCAAGAAUCCCCCCGCGUGUGCCGCCACCACGAGGGUCUAUGAGGAACCAUGGAGCCGUCACCGCAUUUCGAUCUUUGACACCGAGCGAGCUAUCUAUAUCAAGCCCGCUACAUUCGAAAAGUACCUCCAACUUGAUAGAUGACCCCAUUACCAUGAGCGAAGAAGCUCUCUCCAAUGCUAUUAUCGCCUCAUCCCUGGCAUCAUCACGCGCAUCUCCAUCUCUUAAAGGGGUCCCCCCGCCGCUUCCCCAGCGACGACGGGCACGAUCCUUUCUACAUUUGGCACAAACCCCCAAGACUGAUCUAUCAAGGACGCCGAGUCCUCCGAAGAGUAUGCCGAUGACACUUCGCGGCAUGCCGAAAAAACCCACCGAGGCCGACCGCCGAAAACACAGAAAUCUACUACACAAACACCCCCACAAGCACAGGGAGGGCGACCGUAAGCGCUGGCAACGCGAGGUCACCGAGAGGGAGCGCAAACGUUACGAAGGAGUCUGGGCCUCUAAUAAAGGGCUUCUUAUCUCUACUGACAACCCCGGUCCUGGUAAAAAUGGGUCGUGGCCACGCGAUGCCUCAGAUAUGGUUCUUAACCUGGUGGUCCGGGAGAUCUGGUCCCGCAGCCGUCUACCCGAGGCGAUCCUAGAACAAGUGUGGGAUCUGGUCGAUCACCAAGAUCUCGGGCUCUUAGUACGUGAGGAAUUCGUGGUCGGAAUGUGGUUGAUCGAUCAGUACUUGAAGGGACACAAGCUCCCUGCGAGAGUACGGGAGAGUGUUUGGGAUAGUGUACGGAAUGUUGCGGGUAUUAGACUUCCCCCCUCACUGGGAAAGGCAAGGCUCAUGCUUGAGAGUCUCUAA